AUGCUGGACCCCAAGGACUGUGGAGUGACAAUGAUGUCCAGUCAUAAGAUUUCCUUUUCUAUAAUUGAUAUAUUGGAUCCCAACAAAUUCAACAGCAAAAGGGUAAACGAACUUUCCAAAGCCAAGGAGAAGUUUCCUGUGCCAAACGCCGAGGGAACAAGUUUAGAGUCGGACAUCACUGCAGGUGGAGAUCUCAGAGUUGAGCGCACGAAAACAGGGGAAGAGACGAGAGAUGAACGCACUGCAGCCUCUAGGCACCAUACAGUUGUUGUUGAUCCCCUUCUGCUCUCCCCGCCGGCUGACACGGAGCACUGUCUCACAGAGGAAAAGGACAAUGGAGAGUCAGCUGUCACCCUACAGGUCCCCUCCUAUGAGGCACCAAAGCGCCGGCGUCCGGACCAGGCCUGCGCCAAACCACGACGCGCCAGAACGGCGUUCACUUACGAGCAACUGGUGGCUCUGGAAAACAAGUUCCGCGCAACUCGGUACCUGUCUGUGUGUGAGAGACUAAACCUGGCCUUGUCCUUGAGUCUGACCGAAACCCAGGUGAAAAUUUGGUUCCAGAACAGGAGGACCAAGUGGAAAAAGCAGAACCCAGGGGCGGACAGCACCUUGCAGCCCGGCUCCAACUCCCUCGUCAAUGUCAGCCCAAACCAGACCACCUGUGCGUCCAGCCCGGGCAGCUUCCACCAAACUUUCCCGAACUUCAGCUCUGGGAAUGUGAUCUUCCACACGGCCGGUGCUGUUCCGCUUUCAUCCACUGGGGGGCUCCUGCAUCCCUUCAUGUCCAGUGGAUUCGUCCAGCCGACGUAUUUUAAUCCACAUCUAUGAAAGAAGCCAAGACUGACAUGUUGCAGCUGGUGAUACUUCUGGGCAAUUUUUUUACUGAGACAAAGUGACUGUAAUCAGCUGAACUUUUACUGCCCUGGAACACUGUAACUGUUGCAUUGAUGCCAUAUCAUGUUCUACAAAGCGAGGAGGGGAAAAAAGGCACCUGUUUGUACAAGGUUUCUUGUUUCCAUUACGAUGUUGUCCAACUGGUUUAUUUUGAAGGGAGUUCAAACCUUAUUAAAGUCCAAGUGUGUUAUUGACUGUCUUUCCAGUACUUCAAUAUGAUAACAAAAGGCCAAAUGAGUGAUCUGUGACCGAGCCCUACAAUUAUCUAAGCAUUUAACAGUGUUCCUUAUAGUUCUGUAAAACCUGCACCUCUAUGCACAGAUUGUCUGUCACUGUUUGCUGAAACACCUGCUCACACUGUCGUUUUCUGCAUCGGUGUGUCUCCAAACUGUGCCAUAUUGCAACCAUCCAA